CUUGCUCGACGUGCGCUGGAGGCUUGGGUAAAGAAAGCUUACAAAAUGCGACUAAAGAAGCAUGGGCGAAACCGCAGGCAACGACUGAAGGCAUUGCAAGCCGAGCAGCUCGCAAAAGAGGACAUAGUCUCCGCCAAUGUGCAGCCUCCCCACGAGCCCAGUCACGAAACCUAUACGAACACCCCAGUCGUUGUGGUGGACUCACUUACGAAAACACGCGCGACAGCUAGCCAGACCGCUGAUAAACAAACUCAAUCGGCUUUAGUUUCACAGAGGUCGUUCCGAAAACCCGCUACCUCCGCUAGCACUCCACGUCCUCGAGCUCGUACGAAGUGUAAACAGCGAUCUGAGUCUCUUUCGCAGAAUACCCCGAGCCUCAACAACAGUACCACAAGUUUAAAUUCGUCCCAAAGCAGCUUGUCCACUACCCUUAACCCCCUCGAUACGUCUGUUGCGUUCGACCAAACGGAGACGGACUGGUUCAGGUUAAGGGCUUUGGGAAUUGACCCGAGCAGGGUACGCAAGCGAAGCUUUGAUUCAGACGAAGAAGAGGAGAAAAGGAACCCCGAUGGCGAUCGAUUACGUGGGCGAAGCUCAAAUACACCUGCUGCUCGAAUUGCACUUCCACCUCCGACCACCACUAUCGAUCCCCUCGCGCGUUGGGAAGCCUACAAGGCGAGGUCUAGAACAGCUGCGUCGAGCCCGAUUGAAAAGAUCCCUACUCCAGUCGUCCAACAUGGAUUCAACGAGAGCUUUGCACCAAACCCUAGCCCAGCCCCAGCUUAUCGUAAUCGUGUCUCGCGAUUCGUCCCACGGCAUCUCUAUGGCAAAGGUCGUGACGCGGUUCGAGAAUACCGUGCUAGCAUUCGUAACUCCCAAGGUAGUCAGGGCAGCCCAUCGCAGACUGGAGCAGGCCUCGGACCACUGGAUCUGAGCUCUCCUAUUCAAACGCAUCAGUCCUAUUCCACCAACUAUGCAAAUUUCAGCGGGAAUGAUGGUGAUCAGGAUCCAGAGUACGAUGACGAGCAGUACGUCCAAGGAGAUGAGGAGUACGAGUAUGAAGAAGAUGAUUAUUACGACGAAGAUGACGAGGGUGUUGGUACGAAUAUGGCAGGUGGUACGCAGGAUGACGCAAUUGAGCUUUCUGAUUAGUGGGGUGGAAAAGUCUUUGGUGCUGGCUUUUGUCCGGAAAUUUUCCUGCUUCUGGAGGAUAAGGCCUUUCCUGGCUUUGACCCACGAGGAUGCAUAGCGUAGGCGUUUAUAGGGCCCAUGUAUAGGCAUGGGAUGGCACGGGAUAUUUACGUCUGGGCUGGAAUGUUCUGGACUGCGCUAGAGUGUAAUGGAUUUUCAUGAUAAUGAUACCCCUUUUUUUCCUUUUAGGGAGGGAGAAUUAGGGAAGG